GUUAAACCGCGAAUUGAACGGUGAGGAGGAGGAAGGAGGAAGAAACCCGCAGCGGCGGAGGCGUCUGUCUCAUCUCCUCCGCUUAUAAACGCACGCGCGCGGCGAGGCCGCCGGUCUCCCGCGCUCCAACCACUAGCGGUAGACAGUAGCAGCAGCAGGAGGAGGUAGCGAGGUGUGCGACGACGAGGGGGUGCAAGAACGGCGCGGGGAGAUUGGAUCGACGUGGGCUAGAAGAGAGGAGAUUCCGGGGGCCGUAGGGAAGGACCAUGGCGGCUUCCGCGAGGCCCGGCGGCGGGGAGAGGGCGACGAGCUUCGCCAUGGCGUGCAGCCUCCUCAGCCGCUACGUGCGCCAGAACGGCGCCGCCGCCGCCGAGCUCGGCCUCGGCAUCAGAGGUGAGGCCGAGCCGCAGAGGGCGCCGGCGACGAUGAGCUUGCUGCCCGGAGCGGAGGCCGACGAGGUGGCGGAGAAGAAGAAGGAGACCAUGGAGCUGUUCCCGCAGAGCACCGGCUUCGGCCAGCAGGACGCCGCCGCCGCUAGGGAGCAAGAGCAAGAGCCAGAGCAAGAGAAGCGUCAGCUGACCAUCUUCUAUGGUGGGAAGGUGCUCGUGUUCAACGACUUCCCGGCCGACAAGGCCAAGGGCUUGAUGCAGCUGGCUAGCAAGGGCAGCCCGGUGGCUCAGAACGUCACUGCACCUGCACCCACCACUGUUACAGACAACACCAAGGUCCAUGCCCCAUUGAGCAGCUUGCCUGCUGCUCAGGUGGAAGCUCAGAAGCCUGCUCGUGCGAAUGCCUCUGAUCUGCCUAUUGCUAGGAAGGCGUCGCUUCACCGGUUCCUUGAGAAGAGAAAGGAUCGUCUUAACGCAAAGACGCCAUACCAGGCUUCUCCUUCAGAUGCUACCCCAGUCAAGAAGGAGCCUGAGAGCCAGCCAUGGCUCGGACUAGGGCCGAACGCCGCGAAGGCCAUAGAACGCAGCCAAUGAGGUUGAAUGGGAUCUUCACCGAAACUUUUCAAAUAUAUCUGAAUUGUGCUUGCCGUUAGAGUACCAACCAAAUCAUAUAUGUUCUCUCAUACCAUGUUUUUGUGUUCUUUUCUCUUAGUUCGUGGGUUCUAUGUUGUUCACUUGUUACAUAGUUCUGGAUGAUGUAAAGAAAAAAGAGGUAGCAUUGACGACCAGUGCCGAGAGCCUGAGAGAAGUUUUGGCAUGUUAACACAUGGUGACUCUGAAAUGGCCAUGUUAAGGAAAAGUUAUUGCAAAGAAACAUGUGUGUAAAAUCUUCUGAAAUUCUCAUCAUUUGGCUUUGUCCUUGGCUCUAGCCUUGCUGUAUGCAAAGCAAAGUGGUUGUAAUGGAUUCAGAAUAUAUUCAUAUUCCUAUCGUUGAUUUCUGUUA